AACACCCCCGGUGGGUUUUGGACUUGUUCGUGUCCAGGACGGACGUAUAGUGAUUCGGACCUCCAGCGAGGCUCUAGCGAUGGUCGCUGCUGCUGUUCGUGCCAACACGGGUCGAGACCAAUUGGGAACGUUUUUGCGCCGCCUCCGUGCGAACACGGCGAUGCUGGGCUCUGCACCAGAUCGGCCCCGGCCCGCCGUCCGAUGUCUCCGUGCUCGCACGUACCCCUGAUGGCCAGGGUGAACGAGGGGUGGCGGCAGCUUCUCCUGCCCAACGUGGUGGUGGAGGGCAACCCGAACAAGAGGCUCAUGGCGGCGUGCGUGAAGCUGUACAAGGACUUGCUGCUGCUGGAGAACUUCGCCAUCAUGAACUACUGCGGGUUCAGCAAGAUCCUCAAGAAGCACGACAAGCUCACGGGGUUUAGGACUCGCGAGAGCUUCAUGAAGAACGUCGUGAACAACGCCCCCUUCGUGCAGUACCCGAAGGUCAUCAAGAUGCUCUCCGCAGUCGAGGCGCUCUUCAAGAACAUCGAGAGCCUGCCCUCGGCGAGUGCCGAGGCGGGCACGAGGGUUCCGCUUCGAGAGGAGCAGCUGUUCAUAGACACGAUGCUGACGAUCAACACCGAGGCCUUCCGCCUGCAGCAAGCGGAAGGGGCGGACAUCGGGCUCAACACGCCGGAGUUUAGCCACAAGCGCGACGGUUUCAGCGGGAAGCCUUCGGCGAUGAUUCCCAAGGGCCCCGUGCGCGCGACGACGACGGCGAAUGCCUCCGGCGGUGGCUGCAGCGGGGGCGUAGGCGGUGCCGGCGGCUUCCCUCGCAGCAGCGGCGCCAACGCCGCCGCAGGGAGGCUGUUGCACAUGGUGGCAGCGGCGGCGGCGCAAGUGGUAUCGAGAGAUUCUGAAGGCGGGGGGGUGCAGGGGGAUUCGGCGCCAGCGGUGGCCUGCGCGGAGACUGCGGAGGCGGCGGCGGCAGCGGCACGAAAGGGCGAGAACCCCGAGCGGUAG